AUGAAUAGUAAAGAUGAUGUACAGAGAGAAGAAAUUGUGCCAAUAUGUGUAUUUUGUAGAAAAUAUAAUAUUUCGAAUAAAAGAGCCAUGUCUAUUGGCAUUGAUAAUUCAAGUAUUGAGGCAAUGACAGAGCAAGAGUUUGAAAAAAUUCUUUUCUUAUGUAAAGAAAUGGAAAAAGAGGAAAACGCAACUACAUUUGUUUCUGAAACCGAUGAUACAUCUGUUUUAGAUUGUUUAUCUAUGGAAACAACUAAAUUCAAGGCAAAACGUCCUUUAAAAUCACUAUUCCAGGAAGAUUUCCAGAAAAAUGGGUUCUCAAAAGACGACUGGAAACGGUCAAAACUUGGUGAUUGUGUAUAUUCAAAUAUAGAAAACAAAUAUCAACUGAAUAAUACUUUACUGUAUUCCGAUAUUACACUCUCAGAAGCAUGCUUUGAAUUAUUAGAAUCAUCUGUUCCUCCGAACAAUAAUAAAAGCAAUAUGAAGCUUUUAAUCUCAGAUGACGUUGAAGAGCAGGAAGGUGUAACGCAGACUUUACUUUACACUAGUGAGUUGUGA